GUUGGGUGGGUCCAGGUCGGCUACGGCGGCGGCAUGGAGCCGGGGCACCGCUAGCUUGGUGCUGGUUCUGGGAGAUGAGAAGAACCGUUUCCUCCGAGCCAUUUCCGGUCCAGGAGGUCGGAUGUCAGGAUGUACGGAACUCAGCAGAAUGAUGCCAAGAGACAGAACCUCCAAGAGAGGCUGCUGGACGCCGUCAAACAGUGCCAAAUCCGCUUUGGAGGAAGAAAAGAGAUCGCCACGGACUCAGACAGCAGGGUGAUCUGCCUGUGCGCUCAGUUCGAGGCGGUGCUGCAGCACGGCCUGAGGAAGAGCAAAGGCCUGGCGCUGACCGCUGCAGCGCUGAAGCAGGCCGCCGGCUUCAGCAGCAAGACGGAAGCAGAGCUGACCUUCUGGCUGAACGUGAAGGAGCAGCUGAACCGCCAUGAGCUGCAGCGGUUCUACUCGCUGCGCCACAUCUCGUCCGAACUGGGCCGGGGCCGGGCCUGGCUGCGCUGCGCCCUGAACGAACAUUCGCUGGAGCGCUACCUGCACACGCUGCUGGCUGACCGCCCGCGGCUUGGAACUUUCUAUGAAGACUGGGCUUUUGUUCUGGAUGAGGAGAGAGCAAGUAUGCUGCCAACCAUGGCUGCAGGUUUGAACUCCAUCCUGUUUGCCAUCAACAUCGAUAACAGCGACCUGAACGGCGGCGCGCUGCGCGGCGGCGGCAGCGGCUCGUCCGUCUCCAGCCUGCUGAAGGAAUCCACGCAGGGCGUCAGCUCGCUGCUGCGGGAGAUCAGCACCGCCACCGCCGUGGUGCCCGGCUUCACCCCGAAGCCCGGCGCCGCCUCCGACCCGCUGCCCGUCCUGCCCCGCAGCGCCUCUGCUGGUAGGAAGCCGUGCUGCGUCCUGGAAGUAACUGGCCGCUCUGGUUCCUCUGGAUCUGUGCCACAGCUUGACUCUGGGCUGAGGAAGGAGCGACGGAGGAGGAAGAAAAUCACCAACAUCAUUUCCUUCGACGACGACCUGGACGGCGGGGCUGAGGAUGAGGAGGACGGCGAUGAAGAGGCGAAGGCGAGGAGUCGCCGCGGCGCUCCGGCUCAGAGCAGCGUGGAGGAAGGCAUCGACCCGCUGGAGCCGCCGCUGUCCGGGUCUCCGGCCCAGAACGGCGUACCAGAGCCGGGGGACGCGGGCUGGGUCGGGUCGCCGCGGCCCAGCCGCACGGCGCCCCCUGCUGGACCGCCGCUCCCCGACAGCCAGAACGCAGAGAACGACGAAGAGGAGGAUGACGAAGAGGAGGAGACGAGGAAACCCCGAACUGAAAUCCAGGACAGACUGGCCUCUGACCAGCUGGUGGUGGGCAGCCUGUCCAGUGUUUCCACCUGGAGUCCGGUCCAAACCGUGACCGAGCAGACCAGCGCCGACAUCCUGAUUCCUGUGAACCCAGCGGACCCUGAUCCAGUGAGUUCUGUGGAGGAGGCGACCGCGUUCCCCGCCCCGUGCCGCUCCACCGGGUCGGCGGAAAACUGUGAGGCCGGCAGAACCCAGCUCGCCUUCAGCAUGGAGUCCAGUCCGCCGGUCCGGUCCGGUCCGCCGUCCGCUGGGCUGCCGGACUCCAUGACGGUCGUGGAGCUGCGUCAAGCCAUCGUAGCCAUGAUGAACAGGAAGGACGAGCUGGUGGAGGAGAACACGUCGCUGCGCAGCCUGCUGGACGGCGAGAUGGAGCACUCAGCCGGCCUGAGGCAGGAGACCGAGCUGCUCAAGAAGAAGCUGGCAGAGCUGGAGGAGAGGCACGGGGCCAAGGUCCAGGCGCUAGCCAGGGAGAACGAAGUCCUGAAGGUCCAGCUGAAGAAGUAUGUCGGCGCCGUUCAGAUGCUCAAGAGAGAAGGGAGCCAAGGCAACGAUGGUCUGUCCGUCCUGCGCUCCAGCGAAGACCAGCUCCCCUCGCUGCAGACCAAAUGCAUCGGGGACAUCGAGGAGCUCGCCGCCAGCUACGAGCGAAAGCUCAUAGAGGUGGCGGAGAUGCACGGUGAGCUGAUCGAGUUUAACGAGCGCCUGUACCGCUCGCUCAUGGCCAAGGACCACCUGAUCGUCCAGAUGAGGCAGGAGCUGAUCGACCUCAGAGGCCCGGUCCCAGGAGAUUUAAGCCAGACGUCAGAUGAUCCCAGCCUGUCGGAUUUUGAGACGGCUCAUCGGGCUCUCGUCAACGUGUGGAUCCCCUCCGUGUUCCUGCAGGGCAGAGCUGCCAACGCCUACCACGUCUACCAGGUUUACAUCCGCAUCCUGGACAACGAGUGGAACGUCUACAGACGCUACACCGAGUUCAGAGAGCUGCACAACCAGCUGAGGUCCCAGUUCCCACAGGUGGACACCUUCAGCUUUCCACCCAAGAAAGCCAUUGGGAACAAGGAUGCCAAGUUCGUGGAGGAGCGGCGGAAGCAGCUGCAGGGCUACCUGCGCACCGUGAUGAACAAGCUGAUCCAGGCGCUGCCAGAGUUCACCGCCCGCCCCACCAAAGAGACGCUGCUGGCUCUGCUGCCGUUCUGCCAAGACGCCCCCCAGGGGAACGAAGGUGGCUCCAAGACGCCCCGGUCCAGAACCUCGUCCCGUUUCCCCCGACUGGGCCGCAGCCGCACGCAGGACGCCCGACCCGAGCCGCAGAGCGGCGACCUUUGACCCCGGGACGGCACAGACUCUGAGGACGUUCAGGGACGGCUGUGGAGAUUUAUUUAAACUGGUGGCGCUUCGUCCCGUCAGACGGGACGGAACCGGCCGACCCAAACAUGCAGAACCGGUUCUGGUGCUCAGGCAGGAAGUGGACCGUUCCGGACGGUUCUGCCUCAGAUCAAACCGGUUCUGGGACUUUUUACUCACUUUUGUAGUUAAAGUCUUCACAGUGCCUACCAUGUUUUGUAGCUUCUCUCAUGGACCUGGAGGAGCUCAGAGGUCAGGGGUCAUCAGCUGUCUCAGUGCCACCAUUAAACCCAGACUGGACCUCACACUGCUGGCAUUCUUCCUCCUGCCUUUAUUGUUAUUGUUACUAUUAUUGUCCUUGCCUUGCUUUUAUAAAUGUGCUGGAUCGUGUCAUCACCGUGGUGACGUCGCCACGGUAACUCCUUUUAUUUUCCACAAUAGCAGAGGAGGAUUCUGGGAAACAGGAGGAUCAGAUGAACGUGAGUUAAGCGACACCAUGAGAUGAAUAAUCUGUAAUUUGGUGCGUUGGGCUCAGAUUAGGCCUUCCUGUUUCUAACCACCUAAUGGCAUCAUGUUGCUACGGCGAUGAGAUUAUUAAAGCCAAAAGUGAAAAGGAAAAACUCUGAGCUGCAGUAAUUUCAGGGUUUGGAUUCAAAACUCCCUUCAGUUGUUCUGAAAACAUAAAGUUCUAAACUUGAACUUUUGUUUGGGUUAAAAAUGUUGAAUUAACCAGAAACUUUAUUUUUCUCUGAUCCUUCAGCUGCUGUUCAUCCAAACUAAAAAACAUCUGAAGUCGCAGUUUCACCAAAAUCCAAAACCAUUUUGUAGACGUAAACAAGCUGCUGAUGGCCGAUGGAUGCUCCUCCUGUUGGGACCAUCUGGUUGUUUCUCAGCAGGUUGGACCGGGCCGUUCCAGAACCUUUAAGGAAACACAUCUUGCUUUUGAUUUCUUCUUUUACAUAUAAAUCAUCCAUUGUGGCCUAUUUAAAGCUGAACUUCAAUGUUUUGGUCUGAAUAGCUCCUCAGGCUCCACUUUGACCCCUGACCUGAGAACAACUCGUUUUGAUGCACUUCCCGCCUCCCUUACAGGUCGUAGAAACUUCGGCCAUUUUUGUAGUUUCAUAGCAGAAUACGAUUAUCUAACAGCCCAGAAACGUUUUCUUCCCAAACAGCAGCAGGCUGCAGUCUGACAUGUUGGAGCCACAACAGGAACGAACUCAUGAUGUAAACAAAGCCUCAACAUAGUUAGCGAGUUAGCUAUGGUAGCACCAAGAACGUCACUCCAUGAAUUUGAUUCAAGUCUUAAGAUGAAUACAGAAAAAAAAGAAAACUGUUUACAUAAUGAAACUGUUAUAAAAGCCUAGCACAGCGCUAACAGCUAGCACACAGCGCCUACAUUAGCAGAAGCUACAAUGCUAUUGCUAGCAAAACAAUGGCCAGGAUGUCGUAUCACUAAAUAAAUUGUCUCAAAUAAAGUUUGUUGACAUUU